AGAAUAUGCCCCUUUUUAACCAAUGAUACCACAAAACAUCUAAUUCCCUCCCUGGUCAUCUCUUGCCUCAACUACUGCUACUCCCUCCUCAUUGGCAACCGUUCAAUGUCUGCUACCCCUCUCUGCCAAUCCCUCCACUGGCUUCCACUCAGUGUCCUCCACCCCUCUCUGCCAAUCCCUCCACUGAUUUCCACUGUGUCCUCCACCCUCUCUGCCAAUCCCUCCACUGGCUUCCACUCAGUGUCCUCCACCCCUCUCUGCCAAUCCCUCCACUGGCUUCCACUCAGUGUCCUCCACCCCUCUCUGCCAAUCCCUCCACUGGCUUCCACUCAGUGUCCUCCACCCCUCUCUGCCAAUCCCUCCACUGCUUCCACUGUGUCCUCCACCCCUCUCUGCCAAUCCCUCCACUGGCUUCCACUCAGUGUCCUCCACCCCUCUCUGCAAUCCCUCCACUGGCUUCCACAGUGUCCUCCACCCCUCUCUGCCAAUCCCUCACCUUUCCACUGUGUCCUCCACCCCUCU